AUGUCCACACGCAUAGACCUUCUCCGUCGCGUCGAAUUUCCGUCACACUGGCCUUCCAAAGGGGUUGACCCGCGUUCUCCGCCCUUCGAGCUCUCUCCCCGACCAUAUAGACUUUCCGACAUACCCAACGACUCUGUAUUCCACGUCACAGAACCUAUUUAUGUUGGCGAAGACCGCUGGUCCCAAGUAUAUCGAGGAACUUUACAGUCCUCGUCACUGGGGACCCGAGAAAAUGUAGUCUUGAAGGUCUUUUUCCAGCCUUAUUUCCCUUGCUCCGAUCCCGACGCGUCCUUCUCAUCCCCGCCUGGAACGUUCUCAAGCCCCACCUCUUAUCGUCACACAGAGGAACUUUUGGCUUGGGCAGAAGUAUGGGCGUAUCAGAAGCUCGGCCACCUUCAGGGCACCAAAAUUCCUCGCCUCCACGGAGCCUUCCAGGUCGAAUCACCCGCCAUCGGUGAUUCGCAACCUCAUUUCGCUGUUCUAAUGUCAUACGUCGGGGGCGUUACCAUACUCGAACGGUGCAUAGAGCUUGGCAGCGUCUCGGACAACGGCGACACAAGAUGGUGCAGCCUGGUGCGAGACCUGUUUAAACAGGUCCACGAAUUCCAUCAGCUUGGCCUGUGUAACCUCGACAUUCGUGAAGCGAACGUCAAGGUCGUGAGCUCUCCGGAGGGCUCAGACACCCUCGUUUUCCUCGAUUUUGCCACCGCUCGGCCAUCGACGUUUGCCACCGAGCUCCAGAAAGAGCAACACAAAGUUAACAGGGCGUUGGUCAAUGAUCUAGCACACCUCAGGGGUCUACUGCUCACCAUAUGUGGGGAUGUUCCUGGCUGGAAGGGCGGCCCUAAGCCUCUCUUUAAACGGCGAUGGGACUUUUUGCAGUGGGCCCGCAAAGAGCAUGCAGGAGACGCCUGGCUUAAAGAGUGGGGAUCAGACUUCAACUGUUGGAAGGUAGACUGA